UGAGGCAGUUGAGUACUUAGUGCUGUGGGAAUAAAAGUAAUAAUCACAGAUAUUAUCAUAGGGGAUCCAAUACUGUGCCAGACACUGUUCUAUGUAUGUUCAUUUACUCAUCACAGCCACUCUAGCAAUGGGCCAUUGUGACAUGUCUGUUUGGCAAAUGGAGAGGCUCAUGCCCAGAAAUGGAACCGAGAUUUGAACUCAGGUUUAUAGUGGUGGCAGUAUUCAUGGCAGGUCCCCUGUGGCGGACCGCAGCAUUUGUGCAGAGACACAGGACAGGCCUAUUGGUGGGUUCCUGUGCAGGCCUGUUUGGGGCCCAAAUCUUGCACCACCUCUUCCCAGAUCCUGUGAUUCGAUGGCUGUACCAGUACUGGCCUCAGGGGCAGCCAGCCCUGCUCUCCCCAAAGCUACGGAGACUCUUCCAAGAGGUGCUGCAGGACAUUGGCGUCCCGUCAGACCAUUGCUACGAGGCCUUUACCACCUUCACCUUCCAGCCGGUGAGUGCCGGCUUCCCGAGACUUCCUGCUGGAGCCGUGGUGGGCAUUCCCGCCAGCUUCCUGAGUAUCCCAAUGAUCAGCACUGACCACCCUGUGGUUGUACAUGGGCAAAGAGUGGACUGGAAGAGCCCAGAAGGUACCCGGCUGAGAGAUGCACUGACCCUGUCCCAUAGUGCCCAGAAGUUCGCCUUGGCCAGGGAGGUGGUGUACCUGGAGAGUGGUGCAGCUGCCCUGCAGGCCCUGCCAGCUCCAGCUUGUUUGGCGGGAACUUGGGCACUGAGUGUGGGUACCAAGUAUGCACUGGGGCUCUAUGGAGGCCCCAUGAACUUACGGGCUGCCUUCAACCUGGUGGCAGCAGUGGCAGGCUUUGUGGCUUACGCCUUCUCCACAGACUCUCUCACUCAUGCCCUGGAAGCCUGGCUGGACCGCCGCACAGCCUCUCUGUCUGCAGCCUAUUCCCAGGGUGGAGUGGAGUUCUAUGAGAAGGUUCUGUCAGGCAACCUGGCCCUGCGCAGUCUCUUGGGCAGGCCUGGAGAGAAGCUGUAUACUCCCUCUGGGAAUAUCAUUCCCAGACAUUGGUUCCGUGUCAAACAUUUACCCUACACGACCCGCCGGGACUCCGUGCUGCAGAUGUGGAGGGCAACACUCAAUCCAGGCCGCUCCUGAGGGGGUUCAUCUCAUGGACAGUUCCAGCUCAUGCAGGCACCACCCUGCCAUUGACCUUGGGGGAUCUCUCGGUGCCUCUGCACCCACAGCCCAAUAUCAGGAAAAUCACAGGCUUCGGAGUUAAACAGCCUAGAUUCUAUCUCAACCCACCUCUUACGAUCUCAGCAACCUUGGGCACGUCCUUUGUGAAUCAGAGCCUUGGUUUCCUCCACUGUAAAGUGGGGAUGGUGUAAACUUCUGGCAGGAUUGUGGGGUCCCCUGGUAGAAAGGGUGGGCCAUAAAUAAACAGGAUGUCCCUCCUUCUUGGUCUUUGAAUACCAGUGGACUGUGGGGGUCAGGACACAUCUCACCACCAGAAGUGCUUGCAGGAUGUGAACACUUUCCUACAGCAAAGAACCACCCCAUAGUUUGCCUCU